AUGUUGGACCCGUCUUCCAGUGAUGAGGAUCCGGAUGAGACAGUGGAAGAGGAAUGCAAGGAAGUCUUGGUACCGGCUACUGGAGCUCGGUUGUCCCCAAGCAGGACUAGUGAGAGCUCGGGUGGUUUGCAGCCCAGCAGCCGUUCCAGCAGUGUCCGUCCGUCCAGCCCAAGCCCCUCAGUGGUCAGCGAGAAAGAGAAGGAAGAAUUGGAGAAAUUGCAGAAAGAGGAAGAGGAAAGAAAAAGGAAACUCCAGCUCUAUGUCUUUGUGAUGAGGUGCAUCGCUUACCCUUUCAAUGCCAAGCAGCCUACAGACAUGGCGAGAAGGCAACAGAAGAUAAGUAAACAACAACUUCAAACAGUCAAAGAUCGUUUCCAAGCAUUUUUCAAUGGAGAAACACAAAUUGUCGCGGAUGAGGCUUUCAUGAACGCUGUGCAGAGCUAUUACGAGGUUUUCCUGAAAAGUGACCGCGUGGCAAGAAUGGUGCAGAGCGGAGGGUGUUCCGCUAAUGACUCCCGUGAAGUGUUCAAAAAACACAUAGAAAAACGAGUGAGAAGCCUUCCCGAGAUAGACGGCCUCAGCAAGGAGACAGUUUUGAGUUCGUGGAUGGCUAAAUUUGAUGCUAUUUAUCGUGGAGAGGAAGAUCCUCGUAAACAGCAGGCGAGGAUGACAGCAAGUGCCGCCUCGGAACUCAUUCUAAGCAAAGAACAACUAUAUGAAAUGUUCCAGCAGAUCUUGGGAAUUAAGAAAUUUGAACACCAGCUUCUGUACAAUGCCUGCCAGCUGGAUAACCCAGAUGAGCAAGCAGCUCAAAUACGUCGGGAAUUAGAUGGGCGCCUUCAAAUGGCAGAUCAGAUUGCGAGGGAGAGAAAAUUUCCUAAAUUUGUCUCAAAAGAAAUGGAAAAUAUGUAUAUUGAAGAGCUAAAGUCCUCGGUUAAUCUACUGAUGGCGAAUUUGGAGAGCAUGCCAGUAUCGAAAGGAGGUUCAGAAUUCAAAUUGCAGAAAUUGAAACGCAGCCACAACACAUCUAUCAUAGACAUGGGAGAGGAAAAUGAGAACCAGCUUUCCAAGUCUGAUGUUGUACUGUCUUUCAGUUUAGAGGUAGUAAUCAUGGAAGUUCAAGGGUUAAAAUCCUUAGCACCAAACCGCAUAGUUUACUGUACGAUGGAAGUAGAAGGUGGUGAAAAACUUCAAACGGACCAGGCAGAAGCCUCCAAACCUACCUGGGGAACUCAGGGAGACUUUAACACUACACAUGCCCUCCCUGCUGUAAAAGUAAAGCUGUUUACAGAAAGCACUGGCGUUUUAGCAUUGGAAGACAAAGAACUUGGAAGGGUUGUUCUACACCCCACACCUAAUAGUCCUAAACAGUCAGAGUGGCAUAAAAUGACAGUGUCCAAAAACUGUCCAGAUCAUGACCUAAAAAUAAAAUUAGCAGUUCGAAUGGAUAAGCCACAGAAUAUGAAGCAUUGUGGAUAUUUAUGGGUCAUUGGUAAAAAUGUCUGGAAAAGAUGGAAGAAACGAUUUUUUGUCCUUGUUCAGGUUAGUCAAUAUACGUUUGCGAUGUGCAGUUAUCGGGAAAAGAAAGCUGAACCUCAGGAACUGUUGCAACUUGAUGGAUACACAGUGGACUAUACAGACCCACAACCAGGUUUGGAAGGCGGCAGAUCAUUUUUCAAUGCAGUCAAGGAAGGAGAUACUGUGAUAUUUGCCAGUGAUGAUGAACAAGACCGAAUUUUGUGGGUACAAGCAAUGUAUCGUGCUACUGGCCAGUCCCAUAAGCCUGUGCCACCAACCCAGGUUCAAAAGCUUAAUGCUAAAGGAGGAAAUGUACCUCAACUUGAUGCACCAAUAUCUCAAUUUUAUGCUGAUAGAGCACAAAAACAUGGCAUGGAUGAAUUUAUCUCUUCAAAUCCUUGUACUUUUGACCACGCUUCCCUAUUUGAGAUGGUUCAGCGCCUUACAUUGGAUCACAGACUUAGCGAUUCUUAUUCCUGCUUGGGUUGGUUCAGCCCUGGACAGGUGUUUGUAUUGGAUGAGUACUGUGCAAGAUAUGGAGUAAGAGGCUGUCAUAGACAUUUGUGUUAUCUUAGUGAUUUACUAGAGCGAGCAGAGAAUGGAGCCAUGGUAGAUCCAACGCUACUUCACUAUAGUUUUGCCUUCUGCGCAUCACAUGUACAUGGUAACAGGCCUGAUGGUAUCGGAACAGUAACAGUCGAAGAAAAAGAACGUUUUGAAGAGAUCAAAGAAAGACUGCGUUUGCUUUUGGAGAACCAGAUAACUCAUUUUAGAUAUUGUUUUCCAUUUGGUCGACCUGAAGGAGCAUUAAAAGCUACUUUGUCUUUACUGGAACGGGUUUUAAUGAAAGACAUAGUUACUCCUGUACCUCAAGAAGAGGUGAAAAAUGUAAUUCGCAAAUGCCUAGAACAAGCUGCUUUGGUCAACUAUACCAGAUUAUCUGAAUAUGCAAAAAUUGAAGAGAAUCAAAAGGAUGCAGAAAAUGUAGGACGAUUAGUAACCCCCGCCAAAAAGUUAGAAGACACAAUACGCCUUGCAGAACUUGUAAUUGAAGUUCUACAACAAAAUGAAGAACACCACGCAGAGGGGAAAGAGGCUUUUGCUUGGUGGUCAGACUUAAUGGUAGAACAUGCAGAGACAUUUCUCUCGCUUUUUGCCGUGGACAUGGAUGCAGCAUUAGAAGUGCAGCCGCCAGACUCUUGGGACAGUUUUCCACUUUUCCAGCUAAUAAACGAUUUCCUCCGCACUGACUAUAAUUUAUGCAAUGGAAAAUUCCACAAACACCUUCAAGACCUAUUUGCUCCACUUGUUGUCAGAUAUGUUGACCUGAUGGAGUCUUCAAUAGCGCAAUCAAUUCACAGGGGCUUUGAGCGGGAAUCCUGGGAGCCAGUAAAGAGUUUAACAAGUAAUCUUCCAAAUGUGAAUCUUCCAAAUGUGAAUCUCCCUAAAGUACCCGUUAAUCUACCAGUUAACCUCCCACAAAUGCCUAGCUUUUCUGCACCGUCAUGGAUGGCUGCAAUAUAUGAUUCUGAUAAUGGAUCAGCCACUUCAGAAGAUUUAUUUUGGAAACUUGAUGCCUUGCAAACAUUUAUUCGGGACCUUCACUGGCCCGAGGAAGAAUUUGGAAAGCACCUUGAACAACGCCUUAAGCUCAUGGCUAGUGAUAUGAUUGAAUCCUGUGUCAAAAGGACCAGAAUUGCGUUUGAAGUAAAAUUGCAGAAAACCAGCAGAUCAACAGAUUUCCGAGUACCACAAUCAAUAUGUACUAUGUUUAACGUUAUGGUUGAUGCCAAAGCACAGUCUACAAAACUCUGCAGUAUGGAAAUGGGUCAAGAGCACCAGUAUCAUUCAAAAAUUGAUGAGCUAAUUGAAGAAACAGUUAAGGAAAUGAUAACACUUUUAGUGGCAAAGUUUAUCACAAUUCUAGAAGGCGUUCUGUCCAAACUCUCCAGAUAUGAUGAAGGAACAUUAUUUUCUUCGUUUCUGUCAUUUACUGUGAAGGCUGCGUCCAAGUAUGUGGAUGUACCUAAGCCGGGCAUGGACCUUGCUGAUGCCUAUGUGACAUUUGUACGCCACUCUCAGGAUGUCCUUCGUGAUAAGGUCAAUGAGGAGAUAUAUAUAGAAAGGUUAUUUGAUCAAUGGUAUACCAGCUCAAUGAAUGUUGUUUGCACCUGGCUGACGGAUCGUAUGGAUUUACAACUUCAUAUUUAUCAACUGAAAACACUUAUUAGGAUGGUGAAGAAAACGUACAGAGAUUUCCGGUUGCAAGGUGUGCUGGAUUCAACCUUGAACAGCAAGACUUACGACACAAUCAGAAACCGACUUACUGUAGAAGAAGCCACUGCUUCUGUUAGCGAAGGGGGCGGAUUGCAAGGAAUAACCAUGAAAGACAGCGAUGAAGAAGAUGAGGAAGAUGAUUAAACAUUUUUGUUUUUAGAAAUUCCACUUGGUUGUAGCCUGGUAACCAGUGCAUGCUAUUCUGUUAGCCAAAAUAGGGAAAUUUCAGCUCUUAAUAAAAUGCCCAUACUAAUUUACCAAUAUGAUUGCCAUUUUAGCUGUGUGAUAAGAAGAUAUGCACCUACAUUUGGUUCAUUGGUUUCCAACCUUCUAUAUGUUCAUAAGCAAUAUAGAGCAGCAUUCUUUGAUACUGUUAAAUUAAAUAUAUAGGAAACAUACUAGGUGUCUCCCUGUUAUCAGCAAAUGUAUACAAUGCUUCAUUACUGUAAUGUAUAUACGUUGAUGGUAAAUUGUUGUGACAAUGAGUAACUCCAGUAAUUUCAUUUAUGUUGCGUGGAUGAAAACUGCUCAAAUGAAUGAAAAAAGGCUUUGUUUUUACAUGAGUGAGGGUACACCCAAUAAGUUUUACUUAUGGUGAUUCAUUAAGACCUGGGAAUUAUUCCAUUCUGAAUCCUCAUUUGUAAAUCAUACACUUUUACUUGAACAUUCUGUUAGUUAUAUAAAGGUUACAUAUCAGUGGAUUUGUACUGAACAACCACAACGGUUUAAUCUCAUCAUACCAAGAUAGAUCCUAAAAAUUCUAAAUUUUUAUGUUGAAGUCUAAAUGUUACAUUUUGUUUAGGUUUUAAAGAAAAAAAAAGAGUAUAUGUAAAAAAAGAUAACUUUAUUAACAAUCUUAGACUAUAAACUGUGUUUAUAAUAAUAUACAAUACUUAUUUCGGUAGUUUGUAACCUUGAUUUACAUUAAUUUUGUGUUUCACAAUUGUUUUUUAUAUCUGCCAUGUACAUUGCAUUUUAACCAGUAAUUGCAUGUCACCAGGGGUCCUCAAAAAGCUUUUUUUUUGUGUAAAAUAGUUGAUCCAUCUUGCUUUUGCCUUACAAAAGCCUACAGUUGUAAAAGUGUGGGGACUGUGGCUUCUCAAUAAAUUACUAUUCAGAUGUCCUAAGAGUGAA